CCAGAAAGAGAACUUUCCAUUGCCAAUCUCAGAGAGGUCAACACCAAUUGUGCCGAAGAAGACCAGAAAGAGAACUUUCCAUUGCCGAUCUCGUAGAGGUCAACACCUAUUGUGCCGAAGACGACCAGAAAGAGAUCUCUGUAGGCGGUGACACCGGGUCCUCGGAGCGGAGAGAUGGCGUUCUGAAAAUCACCGAGCUGUCGGAGGUCUGUUGGCACAGAAUUGCCAGUAUGGGGGAAAAGGGUCCUACAGAAGGACCAAAGUCUUCUGAAGGGGAGGUAAAGCUUUCGGGAGAUGAGCAGGAUUGUCUGAGUUUGGAAGACGAAGUGUUUAACCCGAACAUGAGCUCGCUUAAGCAUGAGAACGUGGAGGACCUCUAUGAAAUUCUGGAGAAGAUGGGCAGUGGUCACUUCGGCGAGGUGAGGAAAUGCAAAGAGAAGAGUACGGGGUGUCUGUACGCAGGAAAGUUUAUAAAGACCCGCAAAUGUAAAGGGAGCCGCCUGGGUCAGGAACGCGAUCAGAUAGAGCGAGAAGUCUUCAUCCUCCAGCAACUCGAGCACCCCAAUUGCAUGAAGCUGUAUGAUGUCUUCGCCAGCAAGGCCGAGAUGGUGCUCAUCCUGGAACUGAUAAGAGGGGGUGAGCUAUUUGACUUCAUAGCAGAGAAAGAGGCCCUGUCAGAAGAAGAUGCCAUAGAAUUCAUGGAGCAGAUCCUGAAAGGCGUGGCGUAUAUGCAUACUAGACGUAUUGCACACUUUGACCUCAAGCCUGAGAACAUUAUGCUGCUAGAGAAGGACGUGCCGCACCCGAGGAUCAAGAUCAUUGACUUUGGCCUGGCCCAGAAAAUGGAAGAUGGGACGGUUUAUAAGAGCCUGUGUGGGACGCCGCAGUACAUCGCGCCAGAAGUUAUAAACUACGAACCCCUGGGGCCACCUACAGACAUGUGGAGCAUCGGUGUAAUUACGUAUAUUCUUCUCAGCGGAAUGUCGCCAUUCCAAGGUGAAACUGACGCAGAAACGUUAUCGAACGUAGUCGCCGGGAAUUAUGAAUUUGACGAUCGAUUUUUUAAAGAAACCAGUGAAAUGGCCAAAGACUUCAUUCGGCAGCUGCUGCUCAAGGAUCCCAGCGAAAGGAUGACAGCGGUGGAGUGUCUCAUUCACCCGUGGAUAAAGCCUCUGAACAGAAAGCAAGCUGUCAACAGAAGUCGAUCGUCGAUCAACAUGAAGAACUUUAAGAAAUUUAACGCUCGCCGGAAAUGGAAGCUGUCAUACAACAUGGUGUCUGCGUGUAAUCGACUCUGCCGCAUGAAGCUGCUGUGUCAUCCCGCAAAAAGUGAUGAAGAUCUGAGACAAUGUGAGAGCGACCAAGAGGACGAGAAGACCAAACCCGUGACACUCCUACGUAGGCGUUUGAGCAGCUGCUCCUGAGCUGAUGAGACAUCCCUCUGAUCCUCAAGCAUGCGCCGUCCUCUUUCAGCUGUUUGCAGUACUGACCACAAUGGGAACCUCAUGCCUACAGGAGCACAGGAGACACGUAGGAACCUGGAGAAGCAUUGCUGCUAGAGUACCAAGAGGAGAUAGGCUUUUCCAACAUCGCCCAAAGACAAUUAUCUCGGAUUUUCUUGCAUGUGACUGUUUACGGGAACUUUUAUUUAAAGGAAAAACAAGCAUGUCGCAUGUUUUAACUUUUUUGCCGCUAAGAGUUGGCACAUAACAUCAUUUAACCAUAGUGGCCUACCAACCUUGCCAUGGAAUGGAAUUGUUACAUUGGUGAGUGCUUAUACUUUAUCGCAACUUAUAUCCUAGUGAUUUCCAGCUGCAUGUUUUUAAGAAAACGUUUGGGAGUGUAAUCACCUUAUGGUAGGUGGAACUUGUACGUUUGUUCAUGCUGCCAUCUAACAUAUUAACGCAAACCUGUCGGCCAUUUUAAAAUUAAAGUCCCUCCUAAGAGCGUAUACCACAAGGUGCUGCUGGAAUACCCUAUUGUGUGUACCUCUCUGGUUUAGUUUGACUUAAUUACAAGAACUCCAACUUCUGGAUUUUGUGACACCUACCUUCACCUUCUACGUUAUGGCCAAUGUAUGGUUGGGUGUCAGUUAGGCAUGGCUUAGCCCAGAAUUUAGGAUAGUUUUAGGGUUUGCUUUAACUUUUCCCAAAAAUUCCCCGGUGUUCCUAGCACCUUAUAUAGCACUCUUCCACUGUUCAAAUAGUUGUUCCUGUCCCCCUCCAUGCUUGUGUCAUGCUCAGCCUGUCCUAAAAGUGUCAGCAGCCUAACAUACGUUUUGGGAUUUCAAGUGGUUUACCGGGAUCAUGCCUACGGCCAUUUUUUAUUUUUUUUGCCAAUCGGUCGGCUUUUUUUGUAAAAAAGCUAAUUAGUCGCUGGAUUGCUUUUACAGGCGGUGAGAGGGGUGUCCCUCCAGGAUCUCCGUCCCACCGGAGAAAACGGAACUGAAGCUGGCAGUUUUGCCGCCUUCGCACAGAGCCCAUGGAGGACCAGAAGGUCUCCAAUGGGCUCUUUGGUAUAGGAAACUAGAAGCGACAAGGAUCGGAAGGUCUCCAAUGGGCUCUAUGGUAUAGGAAACUGGAAGCGACUAGUACUGUCAUCGCGUAGGGAUUGUAAAAAAGCUAAUUAGCCGCUGGAUUGCUUUUACAGGCCAUGAGAUUGUUGUCCCUCCGGAGGGCCCCGGAACUGAAGCUGGCGGUUUCGGCACCUUACCACAGAGCCCUUGGGGGACCGGAAGGUCUCCAGUAAGCUCUAUGGUAUAGGAAACUAGAGGCGACCAGGACCAAGAAGGUCUCCAAUGGGCUCUAUGGUAUAGGAAACUAGAAGCGAUAAAAACCAGAAGGUCUCCAAUGGGCUCUAUGGUAUAGGAAGCUAGAAGCAAUAAGAACCAGAAGGUCUCCAAUGGGCUCCAUGGUAUAGGAAACUAGAAGUGACGAGGACCGGAAGGUCUCCAAUGGGCUUUAUGGUAUAGCAAACUAGAAGCUACAAGGACCAGAAGGUCUCCAAUGGGCUCUAUGGUAUAGGAAACUAGAAGCGAUAAAAACCAGAAGGUCUCCAAUGGGCUCCAUGGUAUAGGAAACUAGAAGCGAUGAGGACCGGAAGGUCUCCAAUGGGCUUUAUGGUAUAGCAAACUAGAAGCUACGAGGACCAGAAGGUCUCCAAUGGGCUCUAUGGUAUAGGAAACUAGAAGCGAUAAAAACCAGAAGGUCUCCAAUGGGCUUUAUGGUAUAGGAAACUAGAAGCGACGAGGACCGGAUAGUCUCCAAUGGGCUUUAUGGUAUAGCAAACUAGAAGCUACGAGGACCAGAAGGUCUCCAAUGGGCUCUAUGGUAUAGGAAACUAGAAGCGAAAAAAAAACCAGAAGGUCUCCAAUGGGCUUUAUGGUAUAGGAAACUAGAAGCGAUAAGAACCAGAAGGUCUCCAAUGGGCUCCAUGGUAUAGGAAACUAGAAGCAACGAGGAUCGGAAGGUCUCCAAUGGGCUUUAUGGUAUAGGAAACUAGAAGCGAUAAGAACCAGAAGGUCUCCAAUGAGCUCUAUGGUAUAGGAAACUAGAAGCGACGAGGACCAGAAGGUCUCCAAUGGGCUUCAUGGUAUAGGAAACUAGAAGCGACGAGGACCAAAAGGUCUCCAAUGGGCUCUAUGGUAUAGGAAACUAGAAGC